AAGGGGCUGAGUCUCCUCGCCGCCCGGAUGGCGAGCCUAGCCGCGCUAGCCCUCUGCUUGCUCCUGCGUCUGCAGCCGCUGCCCGGCGCCCGGGGGCAGAGCGCCGCAGGCGGCUGUUCCUUUGAUGAGCACUACAGCAACUGUGGUUACAGCGUGGCUCUGGGGACCAAUGGCUUCACCUGGGAGCAGAUUAACACCUGGGAAAAGCCAAUGCUGGACCCCGCGGUACCCACAGGAUCCUUCAUGAUGGUGAACAGCUCGGGGAGGGCUUCCGGCCAGAAAGCUCACCUGCUCCUGCCAACUCUGAAGGAGAAUGACACCCACUGCAUCGAUUUUCACUACUACUUCUCCAGCCGAGACAGGUCCAGCCCGGGAGCCUUGAAUGUCUAUGUGAAGGUGAACGGAGGGCCCCAGGGGAACCCUGUCUGGAAUGUGUCCGGGGUCGUCACCGAGGGCUGGGUGAAGGCCGAGCUCGCCAUCAGCACCUUCUGGCCACAUUUCUACCAGGUGAUAUUUGAAUCCGUCUCUUUGAAGGGUCAUCCUGGCUACAUCGCAGUGGACGAGGUCCGGGUCCUGGCUCAUCCAUGCAGAAAAGCACCUCACUUUCUGCGGCUCCAAAACGUUGAGGUGAACGUGGGGCAGAAUGCCACAUUUCAGUGCAUUGCUGGUGGAAAGUGGUCUCAGCAUGACAAACUUUGGCUCCAGCAGUGGAACGGCCGGGACACGGCCCUCAUGGUCACCCGCGUGGUCAACCACAGGCGCUUCUCAGCCACGGUCAGUGUGGCAGACACUGCCCAGCGCAGUGUCAGCAAGUACCGCUGUGUGAUCCGCUCUGACGGGGGCUCCGGUGUGUCCAACUACGCUGAGCUGAUUGUGAAAGAGCCUCCCACGCCCAUCGCCCCCCCAGAGCUGCUGGCUGUGGGAGCCACCUACCUGUGGAUCAAGCCAAAUGCCAACUCCAUCAUCGGUGAUGGCCCUAUCAUCCUGAAGGAGGUAGAGUAUCGCACCACCACGGGUACCUGGGCCGAGACUCACAUCGUUGACUCCCCCAACUAUAAGCUAUGGCAUCUGGACCCCGAUGUGGAGUACGAGAUCCGCGUGCUGCUCACGCGCCCAGGCGAGGGGGGCACGGGACCACCAGGGCCUCCCCUCACCACCAGGACCAAGUGUGCAGACCCUGUGCACGGGCCGCAGAACGUGGAGAUUGUGGACAUCCGAGCCCGGCAGCUGACCCUGCAGUGGGAGCCCUUUGGCUACGCGGUGACCCGCUGCCACAGCUACAACCUCACGGUGCAGUACCAGUAUGUGUUCAACCAGCAGCAGUACGAGGCCGAGGAGGUCAUCCAGACCUCCUCCCACUACACCCUGCGGGGCCUGCGCCCCUUCAUGACUAUUCGACUGCGGCUCCUGCUGUCCAACCCUGAGGGCCGGAUGGAGAGCGAGGAGCUGGUGGUGCAGACGGAAGAGGAUGUUCCAGGAGCUGUUCCUCUAGAAUCUAUCCAAGGGGGUCCCUUUGAAGAGAAGAUCUACAUCCAGUGGAAACCUCCCAAUGAGACCAAUGGGGUCAUCACUCUUUAUGAGAUCAACUACAAGGCUGUUGGCUCACUGGAUCCAAGUGCCGACCUCUCCAGCCAGAGGGGGAAAGUGUUCAAGCUCCGAAACGAAACUCACCAUCUCUUUGUGGGUCUGUAUCCAGGGACCACCUACUCCUUCACCAUCAAGGCCAGCACAGCAAAGGGCUUUGGGCCUCCCGUCACCACUCGCAUCACCACCAAAAUUUCAGCACCAUCAAUGCCUGAGUACGAUACGGACACCCCACUGAAUGAAACAGACACAACCAUCACAGUGAUGCUGAAGCCCGCUCAGUCCCGAGGAGCCCCAGUCAGUGUUUAUCAGCUAGUUGUCAAGGAGGAGCGACUUCAGAAGUCACGGAGGGCAGCCGACAUCAUUGAGUGCUUCUCGGUGCCUGUGAGCUACAGGAAUGCCUCCAACCUGGAUUUUCUACACUACUUUGCUGCUGAAUUGAAACCUGCCAACCUGCCUGUCACUCAGCCAUUUACAGUGGGUGACAACAAGACAUACAAUGGCUACUGGAACCCUCCUCUCUCCCCCCUGAAAAGCUACAGCAUCUAUUUCCAGGCACUAAGCAAAGCAAAUGGAGAGACCAAAAUCAACUGUGUGCGUCUGGCUACCAAAGGCGCCUCCACCCAGAAUUCUAACACCGUGGAGCCAGAGAAGCAGGUAGACAACACCGUGAAGAUGGCUGGCGUGAUUGCUGGCCUCCUCAUGUUCAUCAUCAUUCUCCUGGGCGUGAUGCUCACUAUCAAAAGGAGGAAGCUGGCCAAGAAGCAGAAGGAGACACAGAGCGGAGCCCAGAGAGAGAUGGGACCUGUGGCCUCAGCUGACAAACCCACCACUAAGCUCAGUGCCAACCGCAAUGAUGAAGGCUUCUCCUCUAGCUCUCAGGACGUGAACGGAUUCACAGAUGGCAGCCGUGGGGAGCUGUCCCAGCCCACUCUCACCAUCCAGACUCACCCCUACCGUACCUGCGACCCUGUGGAGAUGAGCUACCCCCGGGACCAGUUCCAGCCUGCCAUCCGGGUGGCUGACUUGCUGCAGCACAUCACCCAGAUGAAGAGAGGCCAGGGCUACGGUUUCAAGGAGGAAUACGAGGCUUUACCGGAGGGGCAGACAGCUUCAUGGGAUACAGCCAAGGAGGAUGAAAACCGCAAUAAGAAUCGAUACGGGAACAUUAUAUCCUAUGACCAUUCCCGAGUGAGGCUGCUGGUACUGGACGGAGACCCACACUCUGACUACAUCAACGCCAACUACAUCGAUGGAUACCAUCGACCUCGACACUACAUUGCAACUCAAGGUCCAAUGCAGGAGACGGUAAAGGACUUUUGGAGAAUGAUUUGGCAGGAGAAUUCGGCCAGUAUCGUCAUGGUCACCAAUCUCGUGGAGGUGGGCAGGGUGAAGUGUGUGCGAUACUGGCCAGAUGACACUGAGGUCUACGGAGACAUUAAAGUCACCCUGAUUGAAACAGAGCCCCUGGCAGAAUACGUCAUACGAACAUUCACAGUCCAGAAGAAAGGCUACCACGAGAUCCGAGAGCUCCGCCUCUUCCACUUCACCAGCUGGCCUGACCAUGGGGUCCCCUGCUACGCCACUGGUCUCCUGGGCUUUGUCCGCCAGGUCAAGUUCCUCAACCCUCCUGAAGCCGGACCCAUAGUGGUCCACUGCAGCGCUGGAGCCGGGAGGACUGGCUGCUUCAUUGCCAUCGAUACCAUGCUCGACAUGGCUGAGAAUGAAGGGGUGGUGGAUAUUUUCAACUGCGUGCGUGAGCUCCGGGCACAGAGGGUCAACCUGGUGCAGACAGAGGAGCAAUACGUUUUUGUGCACGACGCCAUCCUAGAAGCAUGUCUCUGCGGCAACACUGCCAUCCCCGUAUGUGAGUUCCGCUCUCUCUACUACAAUAUCAGCAGGCUGGACCCCCAGACCAACUCUAGCCAAAUCAAAGAUGAAUUUCAGACCCUCAACAUUGUGACACCACGUGUCCGGCCUGAGGACUGCAGCAUCGGGCUUCUGCCCCGUAACCAUGACAAGAAUCGGAGCAUGGAUGUCCUGCCUCUGGACCGCUGCCUGCCCUUCCUCAUCUCAGUGGAUGGAGAAUCCAGCAACUACAUCAAUGCAGCACUGAUGGAUAGCCACAAGCAGCCCGCCGCCUUCGUGGUCACCCAGCACCCUCUCCCUAACACAGUGGCCGAUUUCUGGAGGCUGGUAUUUGAUUAUAACUGCUCUUCCGUGGUGAUGCUGAACGAGAUGGACACUGCCCAGCUGUGCAUGCAGUACUGGCCUGAAAAGACCUCUGGGUGCUAUGGGCCCAUCCAAGUGGAGUUCGUCUCUGCAGACAUUGACGAGGACAUCAUCCACAGAAUAUUCCGCAUCUGUAACAUGGCUCGGCCACAGGAUGGGUAUCGAAUAGUCCAGCACCUCCAGUACAUUGGCUGGCCAGCCUACCGGGACACGCCCCCCUCCAAGCGCUCCCUGCUCAAAGUGGUCCGACGACUGGAGAAGUGGCAGGAGCAGUAUGACGGGAGGGAGGGACGCACUGUGGUCCACUGCCUAAAUGGGGGCGGCCGCAGUGGAACCUUCUGUGCCAUCUGCAGCGUGUGUGAGAUGAUCCAGCAGCAAAACAUCAUUGAUGUGUUCCAUAUCGUGAAAACAUUGCGUAACAACAAAUCCAACAUGGUGGAGACCCUGGAACAGUAUAAAUUUGUAUACGAGGUGGCGCUGGAAUAUUUAAGUUCCUUUUAGCCCAACAGGAUGGGGAACCUGCUGGAGUUCAGAGGCUGCCGUGGCCAUGCCCCCUUUUCUGUGACUGGCAGGGACUAGCCCCAGGGCUGAGAGGCGGCACCUCUGCCCAACUCCAAGGAGACAACUGGGUAGUCCCAUGCUCCACAGUGGGUUCUGCAUCUCCGGAGGGGUCUCCUGUAGCUGUGGGAGAGGCUGCUCUGAGAGACCAGGCUUCCCUUCUACACCUGACCAGCCAUGACCAUGGGCCCCAGCAGAAGUACACCCACAAGCAAGGCCCCUGGAUUCUCGGCUCCUGGACCUCUUGUUGUUGUUCUUUUCAAGUUUGUGAAUCUCAUGGCAAACUGACUGUGCAGGUGCUGGGGCAUGGAAGACUCAGUGGCACCUGUCCUACUUCUCCAUAGGAGUGCAGGGGCUGUGUUCUACACCUCCAUGCUGUCAUGGAAACUACUGGGGCCCUUGGGGUCACUGCUCUGCUGCCCCCUGUCAUCUUCGUCAGGGACCUCUGGCACUGGACACCUGCCAGUGUGGCUCAGUAUGGCCUUGGGGUGCUCUCUAGGCCGCAGCAGAGGCCCCAUUCUCACCACGGCCCACACCCACCCUGCAUGGGGCUUGGCCCACUAUCAUUCUGUACUCAACCCCCCAGCCUGGGCCUUGACCUUCUAUCACUCACUGACCGGCCAGCCGUGUCCAUAGCACUCUUUGAUAAAGGUUUUCUUUGUGCUUUUGUGGUCAGUGGGGAGGAGGAGGAACUGCAGGGAGUCUUGCUGCUCACCUUGUCUUGGUAAUGAGGGACCACCUCCCUGGGGCCGGGCCCUGGCCGCCCCGCACGAUGUAACCCCUGUGUCUCUUGCGUGAUGGUUUCCUUUGGGAGGGAUGAACAACAUAAGACAUGAUUAUUUUCCAAAGUGUAUGUGAAAAGAAACUUUCUUUUGGGGGAUUAAAAUCAUAGUCUCUUAUGUCAAAAAAAGAAAAGGGAAGUUUGAAUGUGUAGCUAUAAGACAUAUUUCUUGGGCCUGUUAUCCACCCUGGCAAUGUCCUUCAAAGUUCCCACCCAGGAACAGCACAGCCACUGGGCAAGGGAGAGACAGGGUAGUCUGAAGAUGCUCCUUUGGUUCCUGGGGCAGAUGGAGCCCCAACCUUCUGCAUAAUUUUGGAUCUCCAAAUGUAAAUUCCUCCCUGGAGAAAAACAGCUGCCAUCUUGAAAAAGGCCAUUAUGGUUCAAUAUAGGCCAAGGGGAUCAGGCUUGAGGGUCUGGGUCUUGCCCAAAGUAGGGGUGAGGGAAUGACAGUGAACCAACGUUUGCUACGUACCUGCUAAGUAUCAUCCUUGGCAUUUUCCAUGUUAUAUCACAUAUGAUCCUUAGAACCGUUUAAGAGAGCUAUUUAUCCACUAUCAUCUUCAUUUCACAAGUGAGAAAACUUUCUCAACAAUGAAAUUCUGGGAUCCCAAAAGGCAGGCAAUGGUGAUAAGACUUAUUUGAACUGUUUUCUUCAUUCUUUCUCAGCCAAGCAAUUGUUUUAUGGAGAGAAAAUAAAGCCAGAGACUUCUGAGCAGAGAACUCCAUGAAUGGAAAUUUAAUUCUUUCUCUCUGAUGCCAGUUCUUCUGGGAAGCCCAGAAUCUCAGAUAUAUUUUAAUAACUCAUUCCCCAUUUUCCAGAAAAGCUUGUCUCAUCUAAUCUCUUCGCCUGUGCAAAUAAUCCCGUUCCCUAAGGCUAUGACAUGUGCCAGCCAGGGACAUUCUCUACCUUGGUCUCCAGCCAGUACUUAGGCACAGUAUCUGACAGGCUCAGGGUGGCCUGGGAUCUAGGAAGCUCCCUCUUAGAGAUUUGUCUAGCCCCAGACAGGGCAAGGGGAGCCCAGAAUUCAAUAAGGCACAGUUUUUGCCCUCAAAACUCACUGUCUGCUAGGGAAGAUAGACAAAUUGAACUACAGCAUAAUACUGGUGGGUAUAUGAGUGUUACAUGAGCCGAGAGGAAAGACUGACUCUGCCUAGGGCUUUGAAUAGGAGGUUUCAGCCGUUCCAGCUGGGUCUUAACACAUAGUAAAAAGAAGAAAAGGAAAUUCAGGCCAAGAGAUCAGCAUGUGCAAUAGCAACAAGGUGUGGAAAAGCAUGGUGAGGAGGGGAGGAUGGUAGGAGGUCAACCCUGCUUGAGUAUAGCAUGGUGGUAGGUGUGGCAGGACAUGAGCCAGGAUCAGGAGAUGAAUGCCCAGCUGAGAAGUGUAGACUUUGCCCUGUAGGCAACAAGGAGCCAGCAGAGCUUUUUAGUGAUGUGCUCAGCUUAAUGUUGGAGAAGGCUCCCCAUGGGGCCUGUGGGACCACCUCUUUUCCUUUCAUCAGACACUGUGAAAAUAUUCCCUUAAGCAUGUGCUUUUUAAUAUCACAUCUAUUUGUCUGUCUGCUCAUUAUUUUGUUGCUGGCAUGCAAUAGUAGUGGAUCGUGAGACUCAGCUUCUGUGAGAAACUCAGGGUCUCUCCUCUACCACAAAGCAGGGUCACCAACCCAGGCUGCUGGGCCCACAAAGGAUGGGACAUGAAAGGGGACCAUGGAAGCUGUUCCCAUUGGCAAAGGGCUCUGGAGCUGUCUGGAAGUCUGUGGACACCAGACUUGAUCAAGGAAGGGCUGUUUCUUUGGAGGUUCAAAGGAAGCGUCUCAAAGCAAAAGAAGGCAAAGGAACCCCACGGCUAGCCUUCUCUUUUCCUUUGAUGAGCCUCUUCCCAGGUGUGUUUGAGCAUGUCCCCAGGACCCAGCCACCACUGGCCCUGCUGGCUUCCCCAGCUCCAGCCUACAGCCCCAGCUGGCCAUCUACCCACCUUCUAGCAGCCUAUGGCAUGGCAAAUCAGCCUGUUGUAUGCUCUUUUCUGAGAUGUUCACUCACCCAAAUAAAAUAGGGAGGGGGCUGAUUAACACAAAUCCUAGGAUUUAGUCUGCUCAGGAAGGAGUAAAACAGCUAGUAGAUAAAAAUGACAGUGGCUUCUAUAAUUUCAAACGGUAAGAAUUUAAAAUGUGACUUUAGGGAGAUGGAAAUUUGUAAAAUCUCAGGCUGUGAUGGGGAGCCCAGCAAGGGCCAGCGAUGAUUCAGCUUAUCCCCCCAUUUUCUUACAACCCAACCAUCCUCCCAGGAAUGCAGGGCAGUGAACAGGUCUUAAGCCAGUUUAUACAAGAAGAAGCUGAGCCUAAAGGAUGGGGUGCUAUCCCUAAGACCCUUCAUGGCAAAGAGUGAUAGUGCUUGGCUGAGAUGAAGCACUGGUGACCAGGAAUUUGGACUUGAUCUCUUGCCCAGGGAAUCUCCUGCACAUACAUCACCUACCCUGGAGUAGCCUCCCACUCACCCCAGUUACAGGUUGGGCUCACCCUUUCACACCGCAAAGGAAAAUAGUAUUCAUGUAUGGUUCUUACCUCCUAGAUAAGGACCUUGUUUGGAGAAGAUUCAAGGAAUGAAUGAGAAACCAGGAGCAGCCCCUACCCUACCCCCACCCAACCCCCAUACAUUUAUGGCCUAGAUAGCUUCAGGAUAUUUAUCACCUGCAUCCUGACACUGUAUUCUUUCACCUUCUGAUGUGAAGACCUUGGGCCAGCCAAGGCCUGUGAGCCUCUAGAUGGCCACAGCAGGCCUCCCUUUGUGGGACCAGAAGGGAUCAGUCUGCCUUUAGGGCUGGGCCUCUCUGCACGUGUGGCCUGAGCAGCAGCCUGCCAGGUGUCAGUCUUCACAUGGAAUCAGCAGACCCUGUGCUGGGGAGUCUUAACAUGUACGGUCACUAAAUUCAUCCAACAUUCCCAAGAAGUGUUUGUGAUUGCCACCAUUUUACAGAUGAGAAAACUGAGGUUCAGAAGGGAGAAACCACUUGCCCACAGUCAUAUAGCUAGUGAAGGAGUGAGCUAGAAUUUAAACUGUUUUUUCUAAAUUCAAAGACAAUAUUUUUCUGCCGUAUGUCUCAGGUCUUCCCAUUGGGUUACCCAUAGUUGCAGAGACAAAGGUGAAACAGGUUAUCCAAUGGAUCUGGGUAAAGCCCAAAGAAGACAAUGGUAAGCUUACAUUUUCUUCACAGUCUUAUGUUGUAUUUUAAUAAUCCAUGCAAUAUUUGCAUCGUACUUCCUAAUAUGGACUGAUUUGUUCAAAUUGACUGUGUAAAUUUUUUAAAAGCCCUUCUAAAAGUCCCUCCUGUGGCUUUGAUCCUAUAAGCCCACUAUGCUAUACCCUAUGGAAUUAUAUCCCAGCCUGAGAGAGGGCGCCUGGCCACGCUACCUCCUCCUGAGGCCAAUACCAGGCUAAAACCUAAGACCAGCUCACCUUCCUCCAGGGAGAUCCUUCAGUGUGGGGGUACCCUGACCUCAGCUCACAUCUCCUCCACUUGGAUGUUCAAAGGGACCCAUUGACGCAGACCAGAAUGAUGAUGACUUGCCCAUGUGGCAUGGUGAAGGCUAAAUCCAUAAAACCCUAAAGGAAAAGGAGAAAUUUGGCACAGCCUUACUCAGCAGAUUCCUCAGUGCUAGGCUUCUGGAAAGUUCAAAUGGAGUCACAUCGUUGCUAAUAUGGACAAUCUAAGAACACACUUCACAAAAAGGGCUGGAUUCAGGAAGGCUCCUCACUUUACCUCAGCCACACAUGCUUACUGGGUUCCUACAACAUGCAGGGCCCAGGAACCACAGAUUACUGUGUAUGGCACAGCUCAUCCCUUGGUGAGGCAUGGGGUAUAGUGGAAAGAACUCAGUCUUUCACUUGAAUCCCAACUCUGCCAUUUCUUGACCACAGAACCUUGGGCCAACAAAUUAAUGGAAAAAAGAGAUGCAAGAAGAGGCGCCUCAGCCAGGUAGAAGGGCUGGGCUUGGAGGAUUUUGGUCAGGGAAAUAGCAUCCAGCAAAGAUAUUCAGAACCAAGGAUACGUAUGGGCUACUGGGAAAAAUGGUCACUUCUACAACACAGCAUGGCAGGGGGUAGAGGGAAAACUCAUCAGAACCACUGGGAGCCAGGGUGCUGCUUUGUAACAAAUCUCCAUGUCUGAGGGGAAAAGAAGAUAAUUUUCUCUCCAACUAAUCAUGUUUAUUCAUCAUCUGUUCCCUUUUUCCCAUGGCCAUGCUAGCCCCUGGUGUGUGUUCUCACCAGGAUCCACAUUUCCUCGGCUCUGGUGUGAAGCCCUGUAGUGCACAUAGAGGCGUCAGUCUAGCAAGGAUGUUCCACACACAGCAGAAGUGAGGCCCAGGGAGGAACACCCAGGCACUUAUCAUGCCAUCUCUGUACCACCCAGAUACAGAUGCACUGAAGGAAACAAUAAUUCCCCUGCAUCUCAUUGCCUUGGGACAGAACAAAGACAGUCCCAAGCUGAGUCAAGAGGAAUGCUAUGGAAGACAUGGGUGAGCCCAAGGGUAAAUAUAAACAGGAUGCUAUGAGGUCAACAGGUUGGGCUGGACCAAGUUCCCUGUGAACAAAUGGUUGACUCAGGCUGCUGGGCAGGUCAGAAAAUGAGGCAUGAGUCACCUGGAUGGUCAUGUCAUCUCAAAGCUGUAACUGGCCUUCCCCAUUAUCCAACCACUCUAAGCUCUAUCUCAGCCUCUGACACCAGCUCCAAAUCAUAGCCAAAUAGAACAGAGAAUUAAGCAAAGUGAAUCGAAUUAGAGGAGACUAGCUGAAAUUUGGACUCGAUCAUGCGUACCCACACAAGAGCUCCUUACUGGAGAUUUGCCCAGGUCCACAUAUCUUGUUGUUGUUGUUGUUAGAUGCCAUUGAGUCGGUUCAAAAUCAUACCAACCACAUGUGCAACAGAACGAAACACUGCCCGGUUCUGUGCCAGCCUCACAAUUGAUGCCAUGUUUGAGCCCAUUACUGCAGCCACCGUGUCAAUGCAUCUCAUUGAGGGGCUUCCUCUUUUUUUGCUAACCCUCUGUUUUACCAAGCAUGAUAUCCUUCUCCAGGGACUGAUCCCUGCUGAUAGCAUGUCCAAAGUACAUGAGACGAAGUCUCACCAUCCUCACUUGUAAGAAGCAUUCUGGUUGUACUUCUUCCAAGACAGAUUUGUUCACUCUUCUGGCAGUCUGUGGUAUAUAUCAUAUUCUUUGCCAACAACAUAAUUCGAAGGCAUCAGCUCUUCAGUAUUUCUUAUUUCAUUGUUCACCUUCCGCAUGCAUAUGAGGAGAUUGAAAAUACCAUGGCUUGGGUCAAGUGCUCCUUAGUUCUCAAAGUGACAUCCUUGCUUCUUAACACCUUAAAGAGGUCUUUUUCAGCAGGUUUUCCCAAUACGUCACUUGAUUUUUUUUUUAUUGCUGCUUCCAUAGGUGUUGAUUGUAGAUCAAGUAAAAUGAAAUCCUUGAGAACUUCAAUCUUUUCUCCCUUUAUCAUGACAUUGCUUAUUGGUCCAGUUGUGAGGAUCUUUGUUUUCUUUUUGUUGAGGUGUAAUCCAUACUGAAGACUACUGUAGUCUUUGAGCUUCAUCAGUAAGUACUUCAAGUCCUCUUCACUAUCAGCAAGCAAGGUUGUGUCAUCUGCACAUUGAAGGUUGUUAAUGAGUCUUCCUUCAAUCCUGAAGCCCAGUUCUUCUUCAUAUAGUCCAGCUUCUCAGAUUAUUUGCUCAGCAUACAGAUUAAGUGUGGUGAAAGGGUACGCCCCUGAUGCACACUCAGAUGUAUAUUUUUCCCUUUUGUUUUUUUAACUCCAGGUCUUUGCACAUUUCAUUAUAAUAUUUUACUUUGUCUUCUCGAGCUGCCCUUUGAAAUCUUCUGUUCAGCUUUUCUACUUCAUUAUUUCUUCCACUCCCUUUAGCUACUCUGUGUUCAACAGCAAGUUUCAGAAUCUCUUCUGACAUCCAUUUUGGUCUUUUCUUUAUUUUGUGUCGUUUUAAUGAUCUUUUGCUUUCUUCAUGUAUGAUGUCCCUGAUGUCAUCCCACAAUUUGUCCGGUCUGCAGUCAUUAGUGUUCAGUGUGUCAAACCUAUUCUUGAGAUGCUCUCUAAAUUCAGGUGGGACAUACUCAAGGUCAUACUUUGGCUCUCAUGGCCUUGGUUUAAUUUUCCUCAGCUUUAACUUGAAGUUGCAUAUAAGCAGUUGAUGAUGUGUUCCGUAGUCAGCCCCUGGCCUUGUUCUGACUGAUGAUUUUGAGCUUCUCCAUUGUCUCUUUCCACAGGUGUAGUCAAUUUGACUCCUGUGUAGUCCAUCUCGUGAGGUCCAUGUGUAUAGCUGUAUUUUAUGUUGUUAAAAAAGGGUAUUUGCAAUGAAGAAGUCAUUGGUCUUGCGAAAUUCUAUUAUGUGAUCUUCUGCGCAUUUCUAUCACCAAGGCCAUAUUAUUCAACUACCAAUUUUUCUUUGUUUCUAACUUUUGCGUUUCAAUCACCAGUAAUUAUCCAAGCAUCCAGAUUGCAUGUUUGAUCACUUUUAGACUGCAGAAAUUGGUUUAAAAAAAAUCUUUAAUUUCUUCAUCUUUGGCCUUAGCAGUUGGUGUGUAAAUUUGAAUAAUAGUUGUAUUAACUGGCCUUCCUUAUAGUGUAUGGAUAUUAUCCUAUCACUGACAGCAUUAUACUUCAGGAUAGAUCUUGAAAUGUUCUUUUUGAUGAUGAAUGUGAAGUCAUUCCUCUUCAAUUCAUCAUCCCUGGCAUAAUAGACCAUAUGAUUGUCUGAUUCCAAAUGGCCAGUAUCAGUCCAUUUCAGCUCACUAAUGGCUAGGACAUCAAUCUUUAUGCGUUACAUUUCAUUUUUGAUGAUUUCCAAUUUUCCUAGAUUCGUACUUCAUAUGUUCCACAUUCUGAUUAUUAAUGGAUGUUUGCAGCUGUUUCUUCUCCUUUUGAGUCCUGCCACAUCAGCAAACGAAGGUCCUGAAAGCUUUACUCCAUCCACAUCAUUAAGGUUGACUCUACUUUAAUGAGGCAGCUCUUCCUCAGUCAUACUUUGAUGCCUUCCAACCUUGAAGGGCUCAUCUUCUGGCACUAUAUCAGACAACGUUCCACUGCUAUUCAUAAGGUUUUCACUGGCCAAUUUUUUUACAAGUACAUUGCCAGGUCCUUCUUCCUAAUCUCUCUUAGUCUGGAAUCUCCACUGAAACCUAUCCACCAUGGGUGACACUGAGAGUGUUUGAAAUACUGGUGGCAUAGCUUCCAGCAUCCCAGCAACAUGCAAGCCACCACAGUAUGAGAAAUUGACAGAUGAGUGGUGGGCACAUAUCUAGAUGUGAUCAAAUGCAGGGCUUUGGCCCUCCCUAGCAAGAAUCUGCCUUUCAGAUCACAUACUGUUUGAAGAGUAAGAGGGGUCAGUGGUAGAGAAUGGGACCCUUCCAGCUCUAGGUUCUUCUGACCUAUCUCAGGGUCAUGGAUAUGAUCAUCAGAAGCACAAAAGAGAUGUCUAAGCCAUAUUCAUUCAGAUGACCUGAUUGUCUUCUGGUUUAUUGGCAACCAGGGGUAGGCUUUGGUGUAGCACUGGCCAUACAACUGUCUUUCAGAGAAAUGAUUUUUUUCUCACAUCCUUCCUGCCCACCUCCACAACAGGUGGGGGAAAGUUUGUCAAAGAGGCCACAUUCAUCCCCUGGAAUCUACCCCUGAAGGUUGAGGCCCCAAGAGAAGGAGUCAGCACCCAUCAUGGUGGCCCCAAGGCCUGGCAUCCUAACCAUUUACGAGCUUGGUAGAGGUCAUUUGGGGCUGAUACAAGAGAUGUGGGAAAACUAAGGAUGGAAGCGGUCUAUAGGGAAGAGCUAUGGCAGGUGGGUAACCAGGGGCUUCCUUCUGGAUCUGACAGCAGCUGUGAGUAGUAGGAUCUGGACUCUGACCCUUAGAAUGUUCAGAGAAUGAAUAUCUAAGGGCCUUAGAGUGUUAAACAGGAAGGUCUUGGUAUGAAAGCCUGGAGUUCAGGGUAAAUAGUACAGUUCAUGGUUCCUGGGUAAGUAAAAAUCUUGGAUUUGGGGGAAGAAGGGGAAUGGAAAGUAACCUGCCAAAACUGCAAAACUGAAUUCUGCACAAGUACUUCAGUGCCUUUGGGCUUGUGAAUACAAAUCAGUGGGUCUCCUAUGUGAUGCUCUGAAAAACCCACAGUACCCUACCCUGUCCUUGACUGCACUGUGGAAGAUUAAUGAUGUAAGGUAUUCCUUGGGUCAAAGCCCAAGAGAAGUCUGGCAGCUUAGAGAGCAGAGUGGUCUCAUCACGGGUAAACUCAGACUUCAGAAGGGUCAGGCAGAAUACUAGUGCCCACCUCCUCCACAGGUCUGCAGAUUGUUAGAGAAAUGCCUGCUAGUCCCACGGCACUCCUCGGAAUGGAAUUAGGUCCAAUGGGUUAAACUUCAUAGCUGUGAGGAAGAUACUGCUAUCAGCCAGAGAGGAUAAGCUGCCCAUUGCAGGAGCUAUCCAACAGAAGCCAGGCAUCUAUUUCAGACCCAUUGUUCAACAGGACCAUCGGUGACAGCCAGAAUCAGUAAAAAUGUGCGCAGGAGCCAGAGCAGAGCUUUGCUCACCAUAGUCAUUAUCUCCAGAAGCUAAUUCUACCCCCACCAUUCCCCAUGCAAAGCCUACAGGAGCAGGUUGCAAAAGCACAGUGACUCAGUUGACAUGCGGUUAUAGCCAUCCCUGCAGCACACAUUUCAUCACCAGAUGGUUUCUGGGAUAGCCCAGGUUAGUCCAGGUUAACCCAUAUUGGCAAUCACACUCAAAAGCACUUUUAAACCUUCUUUUCACUCUAUAUCGUACCCACCAAAGGAAAAGAGUCAGGGCCUCCACCAUUGUCUUGGCUACUGGACACCCUUAGGACCCUCUAAGGGCCACUCAAGGUUCCCACUGAACUCCAGGGAGGUUGACAUUUUCACAUCCACUUAAUAUAUGAUAUUGCAUGAGACCAAAGUCUCAACACCGUUUGCAGCCUCCUCCACAAAUCUCAACGGCCUGCACUUGUACAGUUGGGGUGUUUGAUAGAUAAAGCACGUACGAAAAGAGAAAACAAAAUAAAUCAACUUUUUAAAAAAAGCCAACACUGUGCUGUCAAUGUUCUUCCUGUUUUUCUUUUUCUUUCCAAUUCUCGCUUAAAAAAGCAGAAGGUAAAUAAUGUCAGGUCAAUGAAUAUCAGAUAUAUUUUUGACUGUACAUUACAGUGAAGUGUAAUCUUUUUACACCUGCAAGUCCAUCUUAUUUAUUCUUGUAAAUGUUCCCUGACAAUGUUUGUAAUAUGGCUGUGUUGAAAAUCUAUACAAUAAAGCUGUGACCCUGAGAUUCAUGUUUUCCUAAGAUAUUCGUACUGGUGUCUUCCUGAGGUUGGGUGGUUGUGGGGUGGGGAUGAGUUGAAAAGGGAGGCGGAGAGAAAAAAAAUUAUUAUCCACUAGGUUUCUUUAUAUCUGUGUACAUUUAGUCCUCACAACUACAAUGCAGGAUAUGUGUAUGAUUCUCUCUUUGCAGAUGACAAAGUUGAGGCUUAGAAAUAUAAAGGGGUUUUCCACGAGUGCACAGUGAGUCAGUGAAAGGGUUGGGUCUAAAGCAGUGUUUCAUAAGUACAGUCCAUAAAGCACUGGCAUCAGAAUCACUUGGGAAGUUUGUUCAACACACAGAUUUUUAGACCCUUACUUCCGAAAAUCAGCCAAUGAAAACCUUAUGGAUCACAUUGGAAUGUUGUCCAAUAUAGUGCUGGAAGAUGAGCCCCUCAGGUUGGAAGGCACUUAAAAUAGGGCGGAUUGACAUAAUAGCCGCAACAAUGGACUCGAGCAUACCAACAAUCAUGAACAUGGCACAGGACUGAGCAACGUUUCAUUCUUUUAUACAUAAGGUCACCAUGAAUGUGAGCCAGCUCAACAGGCAACUAACUAACAGCAGCUGAAUCAGAAUUUCAGGGUCUGCACAUGACAAGCUACC